UGCCUGGCUCCCAUCGGGAUCUGGCUCCGCUUUGUCCUGGGCUCGGCAGAUUCCAGCCCACAUCCUCCUGGAGCCAUGCCCGUGAAUGGCCAAGAGGGAUCCUCCAUCCCUGUGCAGGGAGCGGCACCGAAGGGGGAGGAAGAGGAGGGAAUGGCAUCCUCAUGGAUGCAGGCACUGGAAGAGCAGGGAAUGGCAUCCUCAUGGAUGCAGGCACUGGAAGAGGAGGGAAUGGCAUCCUCAUGGAUGCAGCACUGGAAGAGGAGGGAAUGGCAUCCUCAUGGAUGCAGGCACUGGAAGAGGAGGGAAUGGCAUCCUCAUGGAUGCAGCACUGGGAGGAAGAGGAGGGAAUGGCAUCCUCAUGGAUGCAGGCACUGGGAGGAUAGGGAGGGAAUGGCAUCCUCAUGGAUGCAGGCACUGGGAGGAAGAGGAGGGAAUGGCAUCCUCAUGGAUGCAGGCACUGGAAGAGGAGGGAAUGGCAUCCUCAUGGAUGCAGGCACUGGGAGGGGGGGGAAUGGCAUCCUCAUGGAUGCAGCACUGGAAGAGGAGGGAAUGGCAUCCUCAUGGAUGCAGGCACUGGAAGAGGAGGGAAUGGCAUCCUCAUGGAUGCAGCACUGGGAGGAAGAGGAGGGAAUGGCAUCCUCAUGGAUGCAGCACUGGAAGAGCAGGGAAUGGCAUCCUCAUGGAUGCAGCACUGGGAGGAAGAGGAGGGAAUGGCAUCCUCAUGGAUGCAGGCACUGGAAGAGCAGGGAAUGGCAUCCUCAUGGAUGCAGCACUGGGAGGAAGAGGAGGGAAUGGCAUCCUCAUGGAUGCAGCACUGGAAGAGCAGGGAAUGGCAUCCUCAUGGAUGCAGGCACUGGAAGAGGAGGGAAUGGCAUCCUCAUGGAUGCAGGCACUGGGAGGAAGAGGAGGGAAUGGCAUCCUCAUGGAUGCAGGCACUGGGAGGAAGAGCAGGGAAUGGCAUCCUCAUGGAUCCCAGCACGUGCCCUGCAUGUGCUGUGAGGAGAGGGCAGAGGAGCUGCUCUGAUGCAGCUGAGCUGAGCAGGGGAAUUAUGGGCUGUGUGAGGAACCAACCCCUGGGGCUCUGCUGAGGAGCUCAGAGAUCAAGGCCCAGCCCAGCCCUGCUCCUGAUAAGGGAGCAUUGAAGGCCACCAACUCCAUGGGAAACUCCAGCUCUUCCCGGCCCCAUCCCUAUGGAUUUCCUUUGGCACUCACCAAACCCUCUCCUCUC